CCCCCAACCACUCCCACUUCCAAUCCCCAGCACUUAAUCGCAUCAGACCCUCCCGACCAGAAAUGUCGGAAACAGAACCCACCCCCGCGGACCUCGCCGCGCGCGACGCCGAAGAACGCGCCCGCAAGGCCGCCGAGGAGGCCGAGCAGGCCCGGCUCCCCUACAAAUGGACGCAGACCAUCCGCGACGUCGAGGUCACGAUCCCCGUGCCGGGCCACCUGCGCGGCCGCGAUUUGGAUGUGGUGCUCACCAAGACUAAGAUCCGGGUGGCGGUGAAGGGGGAGGCGAAGGCUGUUAUUGAGGGCACCUUCCCCCACCCGAUCAUCGUCGACGAAAGCUCGUGGACGCUGGAGACGACGGCGCACCCGCCGGGCAAGGAGGUGGCCGUGCACCUGGACAAGGUCAACAAGGUGGAGUGGUGGCCGCACGUGGUGACGGGCGCGCCCAAGGUCGACGUCAGCAAGAUCACGCCCGAGUCGUCCUCGCUGAGCGACCUGGACGGCGAGACGCGCGCCAUGGUCGAGAAGAUGAUGUACGACCAGCGGCAGAAGGAGAUGGGCGGCAUGACUAGCGACGAGCAGAAGAAGAUGGAAAUCUUGAAGCAGUUUCAGGCGGAGCAUCCUGAGAUGGAUUUCUCGAAGGCGCAGAUUGGUUGAGUUUGAGGUGGGCGUGGUGUGUAUGUAUGAGGUCAUGAAAGGCGUGCUUUGCUGGUGUUUGAUUCUUAUGCUGUAUGCCGUAUUGUGGUUUAAUGGAGUUGUUGAUAAAUGAAGCAGAUGGUGCGUUUGAAUACGAAGGUGCUUCUUCGGGACUAGCGUGUCAGCCUUACUGUUGUCGAUGGCUUCUUCC